AUGACUGUGGAUUUAGCUUCUAUCGAGAAAUUUCUCUGCGAUCUAGCCACCGAAAAAGUAGGUCCUAUCAUCAAGUCCAAAUCAGGCACCCAGCAAGACUAUGAUUUAAAAACAGGUUCCAGAAGAGUCGAUAUUGUAACUGCCAUUGACAAACAAGUUGAAAAAUUAAUUUGGGAAUCAGUACGAGCACAAUAUCCAACCUUCAAAUUCAUUGGGGAAGAAAGUUACGUGGAAGGGGAAAGUAAGAUUACCGAUGAUCCUACUUUCAUCAUUGAUCCAAUUGAUGGAACCACAAACUUUGUCCAUGAUUUUCCAUUUAGUUGUACUUCGCUAGGCCUAACGAUAAAUAAAGAGCCCGUGGUAGGCGUUAUUUAUAAUCCACACAUUGACCUCCUCAUAUCAGCUUCUAAAGGGAAUGGUAUAAGAGUUAAUGGGAAAGGCUUUGACCACCAAGCUAAAUUAGAAUCAAUGGGUUCUCUAGUAUUGAAUAAAUCCGUGGUAGCAUUACAACCAGGCUCAGCAAGAGAGGGGAAAAACUUUAAGACGAAGAUGGCCACUUAUGAAAAGUUGCUUUCGUGCGAUUAUGGUUUUGUCCAUGGGUUCAGGAAUUUAGGAUCCUCUGCGAUGACCAUGGCAUAUAUCGCUAUGGGGUAUCUCGACAGUUACUGGGAUGGUGGUUGUUAUUCGUGGGAUGUUUGCGCUGGAUGGUGUAUUCUAAAGGAAGCGGGUGGCCGUGUGGUGGGUGCCAACCCAGAUGAAUGGAAUAUUGAAGUUGAUAACAGGACAUACUUGGCCGUAAGAGGGACAAUUAACAACGACGUUGACGAACAAAAAAAAUAUAUCAAGGAUUUCUGGGCUUGUGUUGAUGGUCAGUUAAAAUACGAUUAA